GCAAUGGGCGGUCUAUUUCUAUUUUCCAGCCUUCUGUGUGCACUCCUUUCAAUCUAAACAAUAGCCCAGAAACGUGUGUUUUGUCUCUGGCGAAAUAUACUGGAAAAGCCUCAUAGUGAAAUGCAAAGUAUACUGUAUAUUAAACACGCCAUCAAAGUAUCAGGUAUCAGAGAUGCCAAAGGGCUUUUAAUAUCUUGAGGAAGUUAACCGACAACUGUAUCAAGCAUUCCACUUUCGAGAGCUUAAAUCCGCAGUGCUGUUCACCGAUGCGGGUCAAACAAUCGUAGCCAGUCUGCGGUGUAAAGUUCGGUAUUUUGAGAUUGGGCAAAACAAGGAAGGUUAAUGCGUUUAGGGCAAAGGUUUUGUGGCUCGCGGAAAGACGUGUGAUAAGGCGAUAAAGCGAGAAAUUUGACGCGUGUAUGGGCUUGAGAAAUGGUUAUGAAAAAAGCUACCGUGGAUGGGAAACCGAAGAACGUUACGAACAAGUCGACUCGAGGAAAAUCAAGCGAAUCCUCUCUUCCGUUGGUUGACAAAAAUGGCAAUAUGCUACCCGCAGAAACGAAGGGGAAACGCGAUGAGAAAUGUCAAGUUAAACGCCAGGGGAUAAAAACUAUAAACACCAUAGAUAGCAAAGGGUCCAACACUCAGGAAAUUACAACUCAUAUUGCAGAAGAUGGCACUGUGUACGAAUUGGACGAUUGUGUCUAUAUUGAUAGCCAGAGACCAGAUGUCCCCUUUUUCAUUUGUGCCAUCAAGGAAUUCAAAAUGGCCCCAAAGCGGGAGUGCGUUUAUGUCGGUGUUAAAUGGUUCUAUCGGCCAUCAGAAGUCCCGGAAUCAGUUUACCAGCUUCUCGUACAAGAUCGGAAUACUGAAAAUGGAUCACAGGACCAUAUCCUGGAAGAUCCGUCCGUAAAAGAGCGGGAACUGUUUGUGUCUGAUGCCGUGGAUUCGUACGCCGUGAGUGCGCUCAGGGGAAAAUGUCGUGUGAAAUGUCUCUCGGAUGUUUCCAGUUUAAAGGAGUUCAUUUCUCAAAAUGAUCAUUUCUUUUUUGUCCUUCGUUACAAUCCGGAAACAAGACGUCUUGCCAAUCACAAAGGUGAAAUUCGAGUUGGUCCCAGUCAUCAGGUGCCUCUUCCUGAAUGCCAACCAAAACCUUUAGCCGUCGACGAGCUAGCUCGCGAGCCGCCCAAGGAGGAACUGACGUGGAAACCUACACUCGAAGAUUAUGACUUGAUGAUGUUUAUUGGCGCAGCGAGAAGUAUGGCUCAAUACGCAGGAAUAUGCAAAGAAGGAGAUACCAAUAAAGGUCUGACCGCUGCCGCACGGGAUGCAACCACCAUCAACGCUCUCAAAGUUCUUCACAAAAGCAAAUACGACACGGCGCGUGCUUUGCAGUCCCUGGUCAAACGUCCUUUUCCGAAGACCUCAAGAAUGGACUGGAGUGAGGAUGACAAUAAAAAAUUUGUGAAAGGAUUACGACAAUUUGGAAAGAAUUUCUAUAAAAUCAGAAAAGAGUUGUUACCAGAGAAAGAAACGGGUGACCUGGUGGAGUAUUACUAUAUUUGGAAAAAGACGCCAUCAGCGAUGAGUUCCAGACCACAUCGGCGACGACGUCACAACGUUCUCCGUCGUCGUAACUGCACUCGGUCGACGAAAACAUCUUCAAGUGAAUUUGUUGAACUCAGCUCGUGCAGUGAAGAUGAUUAUGAUAGUGAAGACAGUGACAAGGACUUUAGCCUUUACUGCUGCCGACAUUGUUACUCGUCCAAAUCAAGAAGCUGGCAUCAUGGUGGCUAUGAACGUUCGAUCCUGUGCUCAACUUGCCUUGAGUACUUCAAGAAAUACGGAGUGAUGAGGAAGCUAGAGGGUCCUCGUAAUCCCCCAGAGCACAUGUUUAAAGGCCGUGGUAAAGAGAAUGAAGUCGACUAUUUUAUCAACGGAAAGCAGUUGCGCAGCCGCAGAAGCACACCUAAUACUUCAAGUAGUCUCCGAUAUGGACGCACAAAAACAUGCAGCCCCGUUGACACCACCACACGAGAGUCGCCGAUUUCUGGUCGAAAGUUAACACGAUUAUCCAAGCCUGGUUCUCCUUCUGGCGCUAGUACCGGGAGUAACACCAGCAGUUCCGGAAGCAAUAAAAAGACGCAAGCGAGUAAACGAAGACGACCUAAGAGAAACACCGAUUCUAUAUUAGAAAAUACAUUACCACAAAAACGGAAGAAGUCUGUCUCGCGGGAAUCAGACGAGGAGCUCGAGACUGAUCAAAGCGAACGGAAUAGCUCCCCCAUGGUUGAACAGGUGGCGACUCCCCUGGGAGGUGACGUAACAAGCAUCAGUAGUAGAACGAGCACGAACGAGGAAACUUGCCUCAGCCCCUCGCCCGAGUCGAUCGACGACGCGGAACGUGUAAUCGAUUCGGGUAAAUUUGCAGCGCGAAACGUUCCUGAUGGUAAAUCGUGCGCACGAACAGGCUUGCCUUUUACGUGCAAAAAGCUGGAGAAAACCGCGGUAACUGGGGAUAGAAGUUUAAAAGAGAAAAAAAUAGAGAACGAGGGCUCGUCCUCGUGCACAGCGAGGAGUCAAAAGUCAGAAAUGAAAUCAUCCUCAGAGAUUAUUACUUCGUCAAAUAUGUCAUUACAUCAGGAAGAACAGCGAAAAUAUUUGGCGGGAGGGAUGCGGUAUCCGUAUCCGGGAAUUCCGGGUGCUCACGCGGCUUCGAUCAUGACCCAUAUGCCAGUUCAACUUCACGGCGAUACGAGCGUCCUCCCCUGGCUCCGGCCUGGCCCUGGGGCGAUGAAAGACUUUGAAACCUGGUACUCGCCUCACAAAGCAGCAUCGUUAAACCGUGGAAAUUCCGGCAUGCCGCCAGCGAUUUUACAUCCGUCCUCAUUGCUCGAUCGGAGCUCUCCGCUUCACAAAGAUGGCGGAAUUUUGUUCCCAGGAGGUCAUAUUCCCGGGGUUCCUCCUCCGGUCGGUACCGAUCCCAUCACGGGACUUCAUCAUUCGCAUUCGCAUUUUCAUACUCACUAUCACGUGCACCCGGAUCAUCAACCGCGAAGCCCAUCAGUCGCCCUGGAACCAAACUUACUGUGGCGAAAUCCGCAGCACGAGAUGUGGCUACACCCGAAUGCAGGCAUUCCCGCCGGUCAUCCACAUGCCGGCUUGCCACCUACUCAUCCGCGACACCUAGUUAACCAUACAGACGAUAUUCCCAGCGUUCCUCCACCAUACUUUCAUGGUCUUUGCCCACCACCCCCUAGGGAGUUUCAAUUUCAACAUGAACUCAUGAUGAGUCAAGGCUUGAAAAUGGAGUACAAUCUUUCACUGUACCCACAACUGCUUGCACGUGAACAGCUCAUGCGUUUUGCACGACCCCAGGGCUCUAGGAUUGAAAACGAGUUGAGGCGUUUGGAAACUGGAGAGGAGCCUAAUCUGCUGCAUCGCACGGAUCCACGUGUCAUGCGCAGUCCAGCCUUGAGGAAUCUCGAAAAUGGUAUUUUUCAUUCGUCAAAUCCAAUACUCGAAACGAUAGACUUAUCAAAGGACGAUUAAAGUCAAAAUAUUUUGAGAAAUAUGGCUUUACGAAUGUCCUUUGGGUAUUUGCCUAUUAAAUUCGACCCUCAGAUGUCGGUGAGACGUUUUUAUAAAUUUCAAAUCAUCUUCAUAGAAUUGACACUUUGUGUCAUGCAAAUUUACAGGCAAAUGCUGCAAUAAAAUUCGUAAAACUGUAUUUCUCCUAGUUUUCCUUCUGUGUGCCAUUCUGAGAUUGCAGCACAGGACUGUAAAGAUCGAGUUUGACAAUGCAUUAUGGAACUGUUUCGGAAUCCCUUGAGCCGCCCUAUGAUGCAUUUCAAAUCCUAUAGCCAGUACUCUUCUGUGAUAUCUGGAAUGGCGUAUUAGCCUUUUCCCAAUCGAGCUGUGUAAUGGGUCUAGUCGCGAACCGGAAUGCAUCUAUGGACUGUUUGCAGGGACAGGAAAUAUAAGUCUGAAGCCAUUUGUCCCUCCAAAUUGUCCAUAAAUGGUUAGCGACUAGAUCCAGUUGGGAAAUGGCUAAUUGAUGAUUGGCUUUGAUAGUUUUCGUAUUAGUUUAGCAAAGUUUUCGCAAUUGAAACACACGUUUUGUAAAUAUUUGAUUUCUAUUUAUAUUCUGUUUUAAGAACUAGUCAUGGUUUUUCAAUUCUAAUAAAGGUUUUUGUUUUGAGGUUAA